CGCCCCCUGCGAAGGUAUUGCGACAUUGAUGACGUUGCUAAUCCCAUUUCUGCGGCAUGAGAUAGAGUUUGGAGGAUGUGGGAGUAAACUUGACCAUGGCGACUGAUGGAGGUGGUGUUGAUGAUGAUACUGAAGAGAAGGAAGAGCUGGAUCCUGAUCUACUGAAGAAGAUACAGGAGAGAUAUAUGCCUGUCAGACCUGACAAACUAUAUUCCUUUGAGACAAUCAGCUUUGGAGAUACAGCAGUAGAUCUGUACUGCCUUCAUCAUGUCAUGUCAUGGGAAAACGUGGAGCUAGGAGAAGCAGUGUGGCCAUCAGCAAAAAUCCUAUCCAGGUACCUGUUAGACAACCCAGACCUGGUAAGAGAUGUGAGUGUGUUGGAGCUGGGAUGUGGCCCUGGACUGACAGGACUGGUGGCUGCUAAACUGAGCAGGCAGCCCAGCAGGGUCCUGCUCACUGAUAACUGUCAGCUGGUGCUGGAGGAACUGGUACCCAGGAGUAUACAACACAACUUUCCUCAUACAGAAGACCGUCCUGAAUGUGUGUACCUCCACUGGGGUGCAGACUUACCCAGGUUCCAGCAGAAGUAUGGCAGCUUUGAUGUCAUCCUGGGAGCUGACGUCAUCUACUGGACAGAAUAUGUCGAACCUCUGCUCCAAACUGUGUCUCAACUUCUGUCGCUAAAGCCAUCAUCUUCCUUUAUCACAAUAUAUGAGGAGAGGUAUUUGAAGGCACCUGACACAACUGUCCCAGAAAUGUUGAACAUUGCACACAAGUACAACCUGACUUGUUCUAACAUACCUUUGGAAAACAAUCCAGAAUAUCAAGAAGCCAGGAAACAAAAGAGAAACUUCAAACUUUAUAGUUUUAUGCGUAAGUCAUAAAUACGUAACUUGUUAUAUUUUUAAUCACAUUUUAGAGAGAUUUUUAACUGUGAUACUUUUAAGUAUUUUUAAAAUAGAAAAUAAUGAAAACAUCACUCUGAGUCAUAGCUUGAAGAAGUUUUAUUUUAGAGACAUACAAGUACAGUGAAAUAAGGUAAUAGCAGCGAAUUUUUGUAUCCUAAAUCAUUUUAUUUUAAGAUGAAAUAUUUUAAGAUGAAAUUUAUAUACAUAGUAAAAAUUAAACUGUUCUCAAACUCAAAGAGAAUUUGACUCACCGGAAUUUUCGACCGAAUCCCUCGCGAUCGGUCUUCAGCUAAAUCAUGUGUCUACAGCUCCGACCCAAGUGCUGUAGACACAUGAUUUUUCCGCACGAGUGAUGUCAGCACUGGGUCAAAGUUCGUCGGAAGUCGGUAUCGCUACCCGAUCCGGUUGAGAAAAGGGUGAUUUACAGUUUAAUUUUCUUUAUGUAACUUACCAACUCAGAUGAAUUUUCACUCUAAUGUAAGUUAAAAUAAUAUGUAAAUUGUAAAUAAGUUGUAAUAGAAGAUAGAAUAAACAGUUCCGGCUCUAAAGCCUGAUUGUGCCAAAAGCUAAACAUGUGUAACCCACCAGUACUACAGUAAUAACUUUGAUUGACUUUGGCGGAACCGCACAUGUAUCUAACUAAUGAUCUGCUGUCAGAUGAUGAAUCAGUAUAAUUAUAUUUACAUGAUAAACAAGAUGUGAUAAACAAA